AUGAACUUGUAUUCCUUAGAAGAUGAAUUAUUGAAAUAUAAGAGUUGUAUUUCAUAUGGUUUUAAUUUGGAUCAAUAUUUUGCAAAAGAAACAGAUAAAAAUAAAGCAAUUUUACCAAAUUUCUCUGAUGAACCACAUUACGUUUUAAGAUAUUUGUAUGAUGAAGCUAAAGAAAUAGAUAAAGAACAUGAAGGGGAAAAAAAUUAUAAAAAAUUUCCACAACCUGUUCCAGAAGGUCUUCUAGAAAAAGGAUUUUAUUUACUUCUUGAACUUGAAUGGGAUAAUUUAGAUGACCAAAUUAAUAAAAUGAAUGAUAUAAUUAAAGAGUGGAAAAAUUUAUCAGAGUUUCUUUAA